AUGACGAUGCUCGGCAACCGCCCGAGAGUCAAGAAGAGCACGUUCGUGCCGCCACCCAAGAAGCGCAAGGCGACACACUCGCUCGAGGAGAUCAAGUUUGACUUUGACGCGCGGUCCGAGUAUCUCACGGGUUUCCACAAGCGCAAGCUCCAGCGGGUCAAAAACGCCCAGGAAGAAGCGGCCAAGAGAGCACGCCAAGAGAAGAUUGAGCUGAGAAAGCAGCUACGGGAUGAUCGCAAGCGCGAAGUCGAAGAACACGUCUCCAGCGUCAAGACAAUUCUGAGAGAAGCAGAGCGUGCGGGCAACCUCGACGCUGAGGAUGGCACAGACUCAGAGGACGCUGGCGACGACGAAGGCGAGGGCAAGGAAGCUUGGGGCGGCUUUGAAGACCCAGUCACGACUACGACCGACAUAAUCGACCAGGAGGAUGAGUACAUAGACGAGGAUCGAUACACCACAGUGACAGUCGAAUCCGUUACGGUAUCAAAGGAUGGCUUGAACAAGCCGGCACCAGAAGAAGACUCGGACGAAGAAAAGGCCAAGAGGAUACAAGAGGCCGCCCGCACAAACGAGACGAAGGGGAAGGCGCGGCCGCCGAAGAAGAAAAAGCCAAAGUUCCGAUAUGAGACCAAGAUAGAGAGGCAGAUCAGUCGGCGGAAACAGAGCGCCAAGAAACGUGGCAAGGCAGAAAAGUAA